GUCGUUUUAUGAGCUUAGCAUUCUUCGUAAAGAUUCGUCUUUGUCGGUGGCCAAAUCACAAUUGAAUACAUUGAGAGAAGAUGGCUCUAAAUUAAACAGUCGCAUGCCCAAAUUGUUAAUUCCCUAAAACCCAUCUCAAAAAUUAACAUAUACUUCUCAUUCCUCUCUCGAUCGAGGAAGCCACCCAAAAUUCCUGAAGCAGAAAAAGGAGAGAAACCCCAUGAAUCAAAAUCCAUAAAAACAAAGGGGGAGAAAAAAAAAAAGAAAAAAAAAAGAAAAGGGAGCGAUAAAAGAUGCAGCCAGGGGCAAAACGAAGAGCUAGAACAAAUGGGGUCGCUCCUGGAUCAAUCUGGGAUACGAGAAUCAAGAUGGAUGAGAUGGAGGGAGGCAUCAAGGUCUUCAAUGGCGAGUCCGAAGAAGACAACAACAACACCACCAAUGCGGACGGCGAAGAAGAAGAAGGGGCCAAGGUCUUCACGAGGUUGAGAAGAGAUCAGAGUGAUGGAACUGGGAGUAAAGCUGGGAGGAGGAAGAGGAGAAAUUGGAAAACCCCGGAUAAGAACCCGGUUGAACUGAUGAAGGAGGAGGAGGAAGAGGAGGUUGAGGGAGAAGUGAAGGACUUCGAUGAUAAAGAGAUCGAUUUGCCCAAACCCAAGGUUUUUGAAGUUGUAGAGAAGAAGCUUAAUCAGGUUAUUGAGCCAAAAUCAAUUGAAGUUCAAGAAGAGAAGAAGAUACAUCCAGUGAUGGGUCGCAGUGAAGCUGAGCUUGAUCCUAUGAAGUCACAACAAAUUGAGGUUGAAGAUGAGACGGUUGAUAAUGGAGGAUCAGAGGCUGCAAAAGCAAUGCAGAGUAUAGUUGAUUUGGUAAUGUGGAGGGAUAUAUCGAAGUCAGCUUUUGUCUUUGGAUUCGGUACCUUCAUUCUCUUCUCUUCCUCAUACACCAAAGAUCUUGAAGUCAGUCUUUUAUCAGCAAUUGCCUAUCUGGGUCUUGUCUAUUUGGCCUUAAUUUUCCUCUACAAGUCCGUUUUCGGAAGGGGAGCUUUAAAUGUGGAAGAGAGAGAUGAGAGAUAUAUAAUUGGAGAAGAAGAAGCAAUUUCAACUUUGAGAUUUCUCCUUCCUUAUGUUAAUGAACUGCUUAUAAAGAUUAAAGCCUUCUUCUCUGGAGACCCUGCAACGACAAUGAAGAUGGCAGUGUUGCUGUUUUUAGUGGCCAAAUGUGGGAGCUCCAUCACUGUUUGGACACUGGCCAAACUUGCGUUCUUAGGCAUUUUCACCAUUCCAAAAAUCUUGUCCUCUUAUUCUCUCCAGCCGGCUAAAUAUGGUAAAAUUUGGGUGGAGAGAUUCAGAGAUGGAUGGGGUUCAUGCCCGCAGAAGAAAGCUGUUGCUGCACUGAUCUUCAUUCUUAUAUGGAGUGUCUUCUCUACUGUAGCAAGAAUAUGGGCUGUGUUCAUGCUGAUUGUGGCUGUUAAACUCUACCAACAGUGUACAACAAUAGAGCGGAACUUGAAGGAUCAUCAACAACAACAAGAGCUGGAGAAGACAGCGCUAGAGGAGCAAGAAAAGGAACAAGAACACUCAUCAAACGCAGGGUUAUUAAAGAGCGCAGGCAAGCGUCCCCACCACCAACAAAAGGGCGCUGGGCCCAAAAGAGAGAUGAUAAAGGUGAAGAAAUUGACAUAGAAACAAAACGAGAA